AUGUCUUUUUUGGGCAGCACUGCACAUGUUCAACCUCCCUCCAUCGAAAAGGAGAAUUCUGGGGGAUUUGAGCAGAAACAGCCUUCAGCCGUCUCUGAAUUAGCAUGCUGCCACCCUCGUCCAGAGCAGGCAAUUGUGCAACCUCCGACUGCCCUUGAAGUCUUCGACGACCGCUUUUUUGCGCUAAUUAUCGGGAUCGAUGAUUACCAGAAUGAGAAGAUUCGCAAGCUUAAAGGAUGCGUCAACGACAGCGAAAAUGUUUGCAGGUUCUUAACAGAGUACCUGCACGUAAACCCAGCGCACAUCAAACACCUACGGGAUGGGGAAGCGACGCGAGAAAAUAUCUUAUCCGCUUUUGAGAAACAUUUCAUCAGCAAUCAAGAGAUACAGCCGAACGACGCGAUAGUUUUCUACUUCGGUGGCCACGGCACUUGCGGAAAACAUCUUGGCGGAAACAUGCUGCAAAUGAUAUGUCCUUAUGACUACAGGAUGGGAGCACGCGGAAUUCAUGAUCACUUUAUUGCCUCCCUCAUGCAUCGGCUGGCCAAUCUCAAAGGAAACAACAUUACGCAAAUAAUUGAUUCCUGUCAUUCUGGAGGAAUGGGUCGGAUACCAGAUUUAGAGAAUUCACGAUUUCUAGCGCCUCUUGAGUCGCUUGAUCCAACAGGGCUGGACGACGACAUCGCGGACAGGGGGCCUAGUCGUCCCACAGAAAUUGAUAAUCCUUUGAAAACACACGUUCUCCUUGCUGCAUGCCAACACGACGAGCCUGCGUAUGAGGCACAUCAAUGGACAGGUCAGUAUGGUGGAGAUUUUACAAGCCUCCUUCUUGACCUUCUCCGAGAUCCGGAACGUAAUCUUACCAAUACGACGUAUAUCGAUCUGUUCCACACUAUGGAGCAGCAAAAGUACAAGUCGCGGCUACCAAAGCAGACGCCGUACGUGGAGGGUGAUAACAAAAACAGGAUUCUCUUCAAGACGACAUGCCCUGUUCAUCACUUCCCGGUGUUAUUGCAUGACGACGAGUCAUUUUCGGUGGCUGCUGGCACUAUUCACGGGGUUGAUCUCGAGACAGAGUUCAUCAUCACCAGUGGCGACGUCAGCUUUCUAGGUUUGAAGCCGCAUACAGUCUCGGGCGUCAGGUCCAGUUUCCACAAGCUCGACUUGGAUAAGACCCUUCGGGAUGACUCUACAGCCAAGGUAAUCAAGUUGAAUAGGCCGCUUAUUAAGGUCCUCUUGAAGGAAACACCUGGCGAUCCUUCAAUUUCGGAGGGUAACGAUGUCGUCAUUACUCCAUCUUCCGAUGGAUUCUGGAAGGUGGAAAGGCGUGAUAAAGUUAUCCCUCGUUAUGCUCCAGGUUUUGUUGAAAUUAAAGGAGCUCCAGGCACACGUGACACCAACCAUGCCAUCGCGGACGCCAUAACUCAUUUCACCUUUCACCUUCUCCACAGGAAACCAACUGUCGCUGACAACUACCUGGGUGUCAAACUUGAGCGUUUGGUCGCUUCGCACUCAUCUCCCCGGAAGAUUAGUUAUUCUCCAGCAUCCGAUGGAGAGAAUUUCUUCAGUGCGGACAAUGUUUCAGCAAGCACGGACAACGUUUCGGGUAUGGUUUCAGGACACGCAAUACUCCCAGACGUGAAAGGUUUAUUUUCCCUUACCCUUAGCAUCAAAGACAAUGAGACUCCUCUUUUCCCCUAUGUGUUUGGUUUUGAUCCAUCCACCUACACAAUUGAGAGUUUCUACCAUCCAGAGCCAUGGAAAAAAGGACCACUCAGUAAGAAUCAAGAAGUCACAAUUGGCCAUGGCCCCGAAGGUGGAGAUCCUAUUGAGUUUUAUCCAAACGAGGUUACCUUUUUCAAAAUCUUUCUCACCACGACGUAUGUUGACUUGAAAGGCCUCGAACAAGAGCCUUUCUCUGUCAACCUUAGGACUCCUAUCUCCGUCACCAAAAAAACCUCAACUUCCACUUGGACUUUCGGUUACGUUGAGAGUUCUACUUAUGCAUUCCUAGAUUCCUGCUCUGCUCUUGUGACGCCCACAACUUCGAGGUAUGCUUGUGCGGCUCAUGACCAGGAGCAGGUCUAUAUUUUUAGGUAUCGAAGCUUGUUGUUGGCCGCACGCCUGCUUCACCUUGCGGAUGAGGUUUUCAUUGAUCAUCACAAAAAUGAUGUUUGUGCUAAGAAGACUUCUUCACAAACCGCGAAGAGCUAUCGCAUACGAAUGGAGCACGACGCCAGUUUAGCAAAUCCAGUUGACCAAGGAUACACAGUGAGUUUUUUUCACUUCGCAUUCUUUUCGGCGGUCCGGGGGCUAUGGGAUGUGGUAUGGCAGCAAUUGAAAUUGCUGGCCAAUUAUAUUUCGUCCCUCCGAACUCCCAAGCGUCCAGACGACCAAUUCCUCAGUUUGAACUCUACCGAUGUGGAUUACAGUCACGGAAAGGAGAAUUCAAAGGUACCUGAGCACAAAAAGCCUUCAAUCGUCUCUGGAUCAAAACGUGACCAGCCUGGCCAAGACCAGGCCAUCGAGCAACAUCAGCUUCCAACUGUCCACCCAGAUAGCAUCAACAACCACUUAUUUGCGCUGAUCAUCGGGAUCGAUAAUUAUCAGGACGAGAAGAUUCGCAAGCUUAAAGGAUGCGUCAACGACAGCGAAAAUGUUUACACGUUUUUAACAGAAUCUCUUCAUGCAAACCCAGCGCACAUCAAACACCUACGUGAUACGCAAGCAACGCGACAGAAUAUCUUAUCCGCUUUUGAGGAACAUCUCAUUAAUAAUCAAGAGAUACAGCAGAACGACGCCAUAGUUUUCUACUUCGCUGGUCAUGGUAGCUACGAAAUUUCCGAAGAAAACUACCCUGCAGGGAACCAUAUAGAAACGAUCUGUCCUUACGACGACAGGAUGGGAGCACGCGGAAUUCCUGAUCGCACUUUUGCCUCGCUCAUGCGCCGGCUGGCCGUUCUCAGAGGAAACAACAUCACAGCAAUAUUCGAUUCGUGUCAUUCUGGCGGGAUGGGCCGGAUACCAGACUCGGAUUUAGAGAAGUCACGAUUUAUCGCGCCUCCUGAGUCGUCUUAUCCAACAGGGCUGGACGACGACAUCUGGAACACCGAUCCUACUCUUCCCACAGAAAUCAAUGAUCCUUACACUCCAUAUCCUCCAUUGACAUCGCACGUUCUCCUUGCUGCAUGCCAACACAACGAGCUUGCGUAUGAAGCAUGUCUUUCGACAGCUGGCCACCAUGCCGGAGCUUUCACAAGCCUCCUCCUUGACAUUCUCCGACAACCUGGACGAAAUAUUACCGAAACGACGUAUAUCGGUCUAUUCCACACUCUGGAGCAGCCGGAGAACAAGCUACGGCUACCAAAGCAGACACCAUAUGUGGAGGGAGAUAACAAGACUAGGAUUCUUUUCAGCAUGACAGACCUAGGUCGUCAUUUCUUGGUGUCAUUACGCGACGACGGGACAUUUUCAGUGGCUGCUGGCACUAUUCAUGGGGUUGAUGCCGAGACAGAGUUCACCAUAACGAGCGGCAAGGAGCGCCUUCAAGGUUUGAAGCCGUUUCAAGUUUCUCCCCUCAGGUGCGCUUUCAAAAAACCUGACAACAUGACCCUCCAGGAUUAUUCGAGAGCCCAAGUAACCAAAUGGAAUCAGCUUCACCCUAAGGUGUUCUUCCAACUGACACACGAUCGUCCUUCAGAUUCGCAGGAUUACGAUAUCGUAAUUUCUCAAUCCCCUAAAGGAAGAACGCAGCUGGACAGGCGGGAUGGACUUAUCCCUCGUUAUGCCGAAAAAGUCAUUCUACUCACACCUCAAGAUGCUCAAGCAGACCUCUCCACUCCAAAUGCGGAGACUUCUGCCAUAAUUGCCGCCGUAACUCAUUUCAAUUUUCAUCUUCUUCGCGAAAGUCGCUUCAAUAUCAUAGGCGAGAAACUAAUGGUCAAACUUGAAUGUUUGUCACCACUGCCUGGACAGUGGCAUGGACUCAACACGAAGAUCUCUUAUUUUCCGGCCAACAACGGGGAAAACUUCUUUAUCUCUGGAGAGCAGCUAAUGCCACGGGCCAAUAUCAAGAAGGGGCCCAAAGUUUCGGCAGCGGCGAAGCUCCCAGACCUGAACCAUUACUUCUCCUUUACUCUUAGCGUUCGCGACGUUCGAGCUCCUCUCUUUCCCUAUGUCUUUGGGUUUGAUCCAUCCACCUACGAAAUUGCGAGUUUCUACCAUCCAGAGCCUACGAAAGAAGGACCACUCAGUGAGAAUCAAGCAGUCAUGAUCGGCUAUGGCCCCGAAGGCGGAGAUCCUAUCGAAUUUUAUCCAAAUGAGGUUACCUUCUUCAAAAUUUUUGUCACGUCGACGUAUGUUGACCUGAAAGGCCUCGUACAACAGUCGCCCUUCUCUAGGGGGGUUAGUCGUAUUCCGACAAGGCCAUCUCGGAUUUCUCAUGACUUUUGGGAGUCUUGGGUCUACGUAGUCAGAAGUUAGGAUAAGUCCUGUAACCUGUUGAUCAAGCUUUCAAGCCUGACAAAGAUAAGUAUCACCUAACUCCAUGCAAGGUUCUCAACAUCGCCCGCACACCUUUACGCCCUACCGCAUCGAUUGAGACUAUGUAUUUUUGGAGAAUUCAAUGGUAAACUUUGAUAGUUUUUGUCG